AUGAAUCUAGUAAACAUCGCGAAACAUCUUCUCUAUUUAACACAAUCGGAAUUUGAUUUUAAAUAUUCAACACCAAGCGAUGAUGAAAUUUAUGCAUCACAACAACUAUUCAAAAUUUUAAAAUCAUUUAAAGAUAGUUACUUUAAUGAAUUGUAUACUUAUGAAAGUCUCGAUUUCAACGAUGAAUAUGAUAAAACGACAGAUGAAGAGGAUACCACCGAUGAAGAAGAAUCAUCUGAUGAAGAAGAGAAUAUUACCGAUUAUGAUGACAAUCAGUACUCGAACAUUCGGAAUCAUUUUACGUUAGAGGAAAUGGAAAAAAUAGUGGAAUGGGCUGACCAACAUCCAAAUUGUAAACUUGCAACUAUUGCACAUAGGUUUAGGAAAGUCAAGUCUAUGAAUUAUAUCCCAAGGUUCAGAGAAUAUAUUAACAAGAACGGUACUAGAUUAGAAAAACUCAAAAAUAUCAAAGAAUUUAUGUGGAACGAAUUUUAUAUUAAAAGAACAAUUGAAAAAGAAGCAAUUUAUGAUAGUGAUCUGAAACUUUUUGCAAUUCAAAAAGCAAGAGAACUGAAUUGGGAAAAUUUCGAAGCAGAUGCUCACAAUUGGAUUGAAAGUCAAAGUUCGUUAAUUUUGAAAUAUUCUUCGCGUCAAAUUUUGAACAGUGAUCAUUGCUCAUUUCAACAAGAAUAUGUUUCUCCAAGAACUCUUUCUUUUACUGGUGAAAGAACAACAGAAGUUGCCGUUAAAAAGAAGAAGAAUAUAACGCACUCGUAUCCACUGCAACCUAUUACAUCAGCUGAUGGUCAACUAUUGGAGAAAUUCUUUCUCAUUCUUCAAGAAAAAGAGAAUGAAUUUGGUAAAGAAUACAAAAAAAUUUGA